AUGAUUUCGAAAUUAUUAUUAUUAUUAUUUUAUUUGAUUAUUUAUUGCUUUGCACAGUAUGAAGUUGAUCCAAAUGGUUAUGUUAUGUUUUGUCCAUGCAUGGGUCGAUUUGGCAAUCAAGCAGAACAAUUUCUCGGCGCUAUUUCAUUUGCUCGGGCACUCAAUCGAACUCUUAUACUUCCUCAUUGGGUUGAAUAUCCAUCCCGAAGUCUUACUUCAAAACAAAUUCCAUUUGAUAGAUAUUUUCAAGUUGAACCAUUACGAGAUUAUUUAAAAGUUAUUUUAAUGAAUGAUUUUAUGAUUCAUUUAGCUGAUAAAGUAUGGCCAAAAGGAAAACGAUAUGGUAUAUUAGAGAAAAAGAUUAUAUUUAAAAUUUUGAAUGUUUAUUUUGUUUUCAAAGUAUUUUGUUAUGAUGCUCAAGUAAAUGAGAAGAAUGAUAAAAAAGGUUGUCGUGCUAAAGAUGGUAAUCCAUUUGGACCAUUUUGGUCACAUUUUAAUAUUGAUUUUGAUGAUGAUGUAUUUUUUCAACCACUUUUUUAUGAUAUUAUUACUGCAAAUAAUUGGAAUACUAAAUAUCCAUCAACAGAAUAUCCUGUAUUUGCAUUUAGUGGACCACCGGGAACCGAUCAACAUAAUAUUCAUAUAGGAAAAUAUUUUGUUUAUUCAAAUUAUAUUCAAAAACAAGCAGAAAAUUUUUUAAAUAAACAUCAAAUAUCACCAGAUACAUUAUUAGCUAUACACUUAAGAAAUGGAAUAGAUUUUGAACGAGCAUGUACAUAUGCGAAUGAAAAAUCAAAUUUUUUUGCAUCUGCACAAUGUCUUGGUUAUAAUCUUGAAAAAGGUAUUAAAUUAACAAAUGAUAUAUGUUAUCCAUCUGAAGAUAAUAUAUUAAAUCAAACUGAAAACAUGAUUCAAAAAACAAAAUCAACUGUUUUAUAUAUUGCUGCUGAUGGAAAUCAUAUGUUGGAUAAAUAUCAAGAACGUUUUAUGAAAAAAUAUAAUAUUAAAAUAAUUAAAUAUGAACGAUCAUCAAGUCAAAGUGAAGGUGAAGCAGCACAUAUUGAUUUAUAUAUAUUAAGUAUUGCAAAAAAUGCAAUUGUUAAUUGUCCAUCAACAUUUUCAGCAUUUGCAAAACGACAACGAGAUAGACUUGAAAAAUCAACUGAUUUUUGGGGUAUUGAAAAUGAUAAAUUAAUGAAUGAACAAAAAUCUGAUCUGUAG